GCUGAUGCUACAACAACAGUUGCACUUACAACUACAGUCGAUGCUUCAACCACACUGGCAGAUAUUACAACAGCUGAUGCUACAACAACAGUUUCUGAUAAAACUACAGCUGGUGCUACAACAGUGGCAGAAACUACAACAGCUGGUGCUAAAACAACAUUAGCUGAUACAACAACUAUAGCUGUUACAACAGUUACAAUUCCUACUACAACAGCAGCAUCAAUACUGCAGAAUAGGACGGGUGCAAUGUACCCAUAUGGCAGUGAUACUGGAGAUACUCAGUUAAAAGUACCUUCUUGGGAUGAACCUGAAAAAUUCAAGCUAGAGAUGCCUUUCCCAUUCUUCAAUAAGAUGCAAACAAAAUUUUAUUUGAGUGUGCAUGGCUUUUUGAGUUUCACAGAGAAUAUGGAUAACUACAAGCCACAGGCCUUCCCUGUUGGGGACAGUAUAAGUGCAAUUGCACCAUUUUGGACUCCACAAGAUCAUCUUGUAUCUUUUGAAGUACUUCAAAAUCUGUCAGUAGAAGCAGUUCCUUCACAGCUUCAAGAGGCAAUUAAUGCUACUGUUAAUACAGAUCAACCAGGCCAAGUAUAUUUCAAACAGUACUAUCGUUAUGGGACACAGGCUUCUUUUUAUACCCUUGAGUUGUUAGACGCAAUAGGAAUUGAGAUCAGUAAAUACACAGCAACACAGUUUCAAGCAAACCUGGCAGUUGUUGCCACUUGGAAAGAUGUAACACCAGAGCCAUACUGGCACUAUUCUGGGAGUCAGAAUGCUACAUACCAAUUAAUCAUAGUAAGUGACCUAACAAAGGCUUAUGCUAUGAUUAUCUAUGACAAAAUUAACUUUGGUGGUAACUACCAAAACUUCAGACAGGCAUACAAUGGAUUCACUGAUGGAAAUAACUUCAACUACUAUAACACAUUUGUCUCUGGAACCGGAGCAAUGUUUUUCCUUGACCAGAUACAAGGGAAUACUGGUGAGAUAGGGAAAUGGUUGUUUCCACUGUUCCACAGCUAUGAAACAGCAGAUGAAAACUAUGCACAGCAAUGUAUAGAAUGGUUUAACACACAAGAUAGCAAUGCAGUUUUAACUGCCAACACAGAACUACACGAUUGUCCAUGUAGGCUCGAUCAGGCUCUUAUAGAUCCCCGCUUCAAACCAUCAGCUUCGAUUUCCAGUGAGAAACUAUGUGUUGUAACAACAUUUGCAUCAAGCACUAAUGCAGGAAGGGAAUGUUGCUACAGUUGGUUAGAUGGUGCAUUGAACAUUGAUCAAACAAAUGCAGGUUUCCUCCAGCUAUACCAUGAAGAUUACUAUAAUGAAGAGCACCAACGUGAAGAUAAGCUCCCCUAUUCAUGGUGUUGUGAAAACAGUCAACUCUGUGACUAUUAUGAAUUGGCCAGACCAAUAUCUACCAGUGAAAACUAUAUUCCUCUAUCAGCAACCUACAGUAUUGGAGACCCUCACAUAGAAACAUUAGAUGGGUUUUACUACACAUUUAAUGGACUUGGAGAAUACAUACUACUAGAUACUGACAAUGUUAUGCUCCAAGGCCGAACUGGGAUAGUAUCUUUAAGCAAUAGUACUAACCAUACAGCCACAGUAUGGAAUGCCUUUGCUGCACAAGAAAACUCCUCAGACCAGCUUCAGGUGACCAUCAGUGAAGACAAAAAAGGUCUGGAAGUGUAUGUGGAAGAAGACCUUGUACCCAUAGCCAACCUUUUGAAUUCAGUGAAUGUAGAUGAUGGAGUAUUCAAGAAUUUGUUCUUGCAAAUGAAUUCUUCAACAACUCUUACUGCUUCCUUUAAAUCAGGGUUUUCUCUUACUGUGAGUGUCAGCGCAGAGAUGCUACAUCUCUCUGUUACUUUACCAGCUGGUAUUCCAUCCAAAGGUCUACUUGGUAAUGUGAAUGGGAACAUAACUGAUGAUCUUACACUCCCAGAUGGCGCAUUGGUUCCUAUAACUGCAAAUGAGUCAGAGAUAUUUGAAUAUGGUCAAGCCUGGCAAGUAACCAACAUCACUAGUAUUUUCUGGUACCUUAGUGGUCAAUCUAUGGACACCUUCUAUGACCCAAACUUCAAACCAGCAUUCCUAUCAGACUUCAGUGAUUCAGAGAGGAAACAAGCAGAACAACUAUGUGGCUCCCCUCAGUUGGUAGACUGUAUUUAUGACUAUUUAGUCACGCAAAAUGAAAUUGUUGCGAAUAAUACAAAACAGUUACAUGUGCAGGAAGAAAUCAUUGAGGAGACCAUAGAAAACUCCUCUCCAACCUUGAGUUUACCGUCUGUAAUAAGUGCAACAGUUGACAAGUUGAUUAACUUUACAAUCGAUGUCAAUGACAUAGACUCUGACCCUGUUGACAUCACAUUUGAAACGGAUGCAUCAGGAGCAGUGUUCAAUACAACCACAAAAAACUUCUUUUGGACACCAAAGGAUACUAGCCCUGUAUCAAUAAGAUUCUAUGCUACAGACAACAAAGGGGCUAGAUCACCCACAUAUAGAGUGUAUGUCCAAAUGUGCAAUGGUUGUUCCGACCAGGGUCGGUGUGACUUCAUUUUUCUUGAAUCAGUAAACCAAACAUCUAGCUUCAGUAAAGUAGACUGUGACUGUGACAUUGGAUGGGAAGGAGAAUUCUGUAGUGUAGACAGUGAUGGAUGUGCAAGGGACCCUUGCGAUGGUUUGAACUGCACAGAUCUCACCCCAGAAGAUGAGGCAAUUCAGAGGAUUGAUUAUAUAUGUGUCUCGUGUCCGGUUGGAUUUGUACAGGAAGGUUCUUUCUGUGUAGAUGUUGAUGAGUGUAAGAACAACAGUGGUAUAUGUGAUCAGAUUUGCGUCAACAACCAAGGAAGCUACAACUGCCAAUGCAACCCAGGCUACAGCAACAAUAACCAAAACAAUACAUGUCAAGAUAUAGAUGAGUGUUUACUUGGGACAUCAGGCUGUAGCCAGUUGUGCACCAACACUCCUGGUAGCUAUUCUUGUGGAUGCAGAAAUACCUACUACAUCAACCCCAAUGACACCAGUCAGUGUGUUCUCAAUGAGACUGCACUCAAAUGCAACAAAUCGUGUGAUUUUGGCUGUGAAGUCAUUGAGUCAGUUGACACUUGUUUCUGUGGAUCAGGCUAUGAGCUCAAUGCAGAUAAUGUCACCUGUGAUGAUGUCGAUGAAUGUAAUGCAACCAACUUAUGUGAACAAAAAUGUAUAAACUACCCUGGUGGUUACAACUGUUCCUGCAAUGCAGGAUAUACCCUAGCAGGAGAUGGAUAUUCAUGUUCAGCCUGUGAUGCAAUACAUUGGGGAUUGGAGUGUAGCAAUAUAUGUUCAUGUGGAGAUCGAGCACAAAGAUGUGACAAAGCUGCAGGAUGUGUGGUUUGUCAACCUGGAUGGAGAGGGGAGCAAUGUGCAGAUAAUGUGAAUGAGUGUAAUGAGACACAAGAAAUAUGUGGCCAGUUUUCAAUAUGCUCAGAUACACAAGGAUCAUAUAUAUGCACAUGUAUAGACGGAUUCAGCCAAAAUGAAUCAGGGAUAUGCAUUGAUGUGGAUGAGUGCCUUACCCAAGGUUGUGGACCCAACAGUAUAUGUAUAAACAUACAAGGCUCCUUGACUCCUAACUGUAGCUGUAAGGCUGGUUUCUUCAACAACAGCAAUGGAAUAUGUGAGGAUAUUGAUGAGUGCAGCAACCUAACUAAUCCCUGCACUGAUCCAAAUGCAAGAUGCACUAACAGACCAGGAUCAUACCUUUGUACAUGUGAAACAGGCUAUAUUGGAAAUCAAACUAUAUGUCAAGACAUUGAUGAGUGUGCAGAAUCUAGCUCAUGUCCAAUUAAUCGUGAAUGUGUGAAUAAGAUUGGCUCUUAUGAAUGUAUUGAGCCUAUUACAUCAACAACAACCCCACCAUCAACUGAACCUGUGAACACAACUGAAGCUGAGACAACUCCAGCAACAGAUGUGAGUACGACAACCAUUACCCUGACAGAUCCAUGUAGUGCAGCUCUGCCAUGCAAGAAUGGAGGCACAUGUUACAGGGAAGAAAGCUCUCAGCAAUUUACAUGCCUCUGUGCUCCAGGCUUUGGGGGACCUCUUUGUUCAAAAAGCACAUUGGAAUACCAAACUGUGGCCCCCUUAACCACAACAUACACUGCCGACUUGGCAGUGCCUACAUCUGAAGCCUAUUUAGCACUGGCAGCCAAAGUGUGUGCUGAGGUCGACUCAACAUAUCAAACUUCCUCAUUAUCAUCAGUCUACCUAAGAUGUCAAGUGACUGGCUUCACACCCAGGUCUGUGGUAGAAAACAACACUGCGGCGAAUGCAGCUGAGGUUAAGUACACAAUUGUGUUCUCCCAGGAAACAGAAAGGCCAGUGACUGCUCAGGAGGCAAAAGACAGGUUCACUGCAUUAGUGGCAACUUCAGACAUACUAGUGAACAUAUCAAAUGGACUCAGUUCAGCAGAGUUAACUACAAUACUAGGGAAUUCAACAAUCUUUGCUUCAUCCACAACUAGUGCAUUGAUAGUAUCAGAUAUUGAUGAGUGUGCAUCUAGUGAAUUGAAUGACUGUGAUGCUAAUGCCAUAUGUUCCAACAGUGCAGGUAGUUUCACAUGUUCAUGUAACAGUGGAUUCUCAGACAUACCUGCCACCAACAGACCAGGAAGAAUAUGUACAGAACAGUGUAAUGACACUACCUGUUUAAAUGAUGGGGUCUGCUUAGAAAGACUUGGGAACACGACGGAGUGUAUAUGCAAGGAUGGUUUUAUUGGUGAAACAUGUGCAAUUCAAGUACUAAGUAAUGGACUUCUUGAGUGGCAGAUCAUUGUUAUAGCAAUAUCUGGCGGGUUUGCUCUAAUCAUGCUAAUCCUUGGCUGUACAGUGUGUUGCUCUAUGUACUACAAGAGAUUCCAACGCAGGAAACAACUCCAGAAACGAUACCUGUAUCAACGCAAUACAGACUUUAGACAACCAAUAUUCAAUGAGGUUGCAUUUGAUAAUGAUGGGUACCUGAGCGAGGCAGGAUCAUAUAAAAAUAGGCCUACUCAACCUGCUCUUACUGGAGAAGUGCCACUAAGUCAGGUUGCUGAAGCUGUAGACCAGUUUAGAGAUAGACCCAUCUAUCUGCCCCAACUUAUACCAGGUCCAACUAGUCGGUCAAGAGGCCUUGAACCAUUCAUGACACUCGGUUCAAGAUAUGCCACUACUUCAGAUGGAAGGAGUUCAUACAGUAGGGGCUCUAGUUUCUUUGGUAGACCAAUCAGCUUGCCAACUGGGCCUUCAAACCUACAACGCAGCCAUAGUGAGGACAAUAUACAAGAAAGAUUUUUCUAUGAACAAGAAAGAAUAUCAGGUGAAGCUGAAGAUGCAAUGGGCCCUGGGCCCUCAGGACGUCGGUCUAGUAUAGACUAUGUGGAACCAACUGAACGAAGCUAUCAGAUACCACGUCCACAGCUUCAUGAAGAAUAUUUCUAAAACCAACAACAUGACCAGCAUGAGUAAUAAAUUGUUGCUCAGUCUACUGAGUCAAUAAUAUUACUAUGUGCCACAUUUGCUCAACACAGACUUAUGUCAACAUAGACAACUAUUGCAGUAUUUGAAAAGUAGUGAGAUUAAAUGAUGCAAAAUGAGAUUAGGAAAUAAGUUCACAAAUGACAUAACAUGAAAUGUUCAUGAAACAAUGUGUUUAAAUAGCAAUAGCUCACCAUGUGAGCUAAAAUAAUUACAUUAAUUCAAAAAUGGCUUGACGCGGCUGUUAUGAAAAUAUUAUACUCAGGAG